UAGUCUAUAAGGACACUGAACACUGUGCACAUCCGCCCUGACGGACACAAACUAGUGCGGAGUGAAGAGGAGUCAUAACAGUGUAAUUUCAGCUCGAGGUUUCAUCGGAACCUUAAAUUAACCGGAGGAGAAAAACUCCGGUGUUUUUGGAGAAACCGUGAUAUAAAAGUUGUGCAUCUUUUUCCAGAUGUCUCUGGUGGAUCUGGGGAAGAAGUUGCUGGAGGCGGCUCGCUCUGGACAGGAUGACGAGGUUCGGAUCCUCAUGGCCAACGGAGCUCCGUUCACCACAGAUUGGUUGGGCACAUCACCACUCCACCUCUCCGCUCAGUACGGUCAUUACUCAACCACCGAAGUGCUGCUGCGCGCCGGCGUCAGCCGAGAUGCUCGUACAAAAGUUGACCGAACACCUCUGCACAUGGCUGCUUCCGAAGGCCACGCCUCCAUCGUAGAGAUGCUGCUGCAGCAUGGUGCUGACGUGAAUGCUAAGGACAUGUUGAAGAUGACGGCUCUGCACUGGGCAGUGGAACACGGACAUGGAGAAGUCGUGGCACUGCUGCUGAGGUUCGGUGCUGACGUUCACGCGCAGAGUAAAUUCACCAAAACGGCGCUGGACAUCGCGCUGGACAACAACAACGAGGACCUGGCAGAAAUCCUGCAGGUGGCGAUGCAGAACCAGAUUAACACAAACCCUGAGAGUCCUGAAAUGCUGACAAUCCACACGGCGUCACCUCAGUUAAUCAUCGGGCCUGGGGGACUGGUGAACCUGACCGGGAUCAUCUCACCAUCACACACCUCUAAACCUGCAGGUACACACACACACACACACACACACACACACAUCUCACCAUCACACACCACUAAACCUGCAGUGAUGGCCACUGAGGAGGUGGUGACCGCAGACUCCGUCGACGGUGCCAUUCAGCAGGUCGUGACCUCUGGAGGUCAGCAGGUCAUCACCAUAGUAACUGACGGCAUUCAGUUAGGAAACCUGCAAGGGGGUGGAGCCAUCAACCAGCCCAUAAUAGUCACCAUGCCUGAUGGGCAACAAGUGUUGACAGUUCCAGCCACAGAUGUAGCAGAGGAGACGGUGGUAAGUGAUGAACCUUCACUGAAACGAGCAAGACUGGAGGAAGAAGAAGAGGAAGAGGAGGAGAACACCAUCACACACACACACGAGACAAAGGUCAACAAAACCACCACUGAGAAGGUGGCGUUGUUGAAGCAGUUGGAGGAGGCAAACAGAGAGGCGCAGAAAUACAGACAGCAGUUCCUGAGGAAGGAGCAAGAGGCUGAGGCCUACCGGCAAAAACUGGAGGCCAUCACACGGCAGGGGGGGAAGAAACCAGCGUGACACACACACACACACACACACACACACACACACACACACACACACACGAUUUCACCUGAGACUUUCUUACACACACACUAAUGUUUUUUUGUUACAUUUUUAAUAAAUAACAUCACUCUAGCAGCCCAUGACAUGUUGUAGCAGUCAGAACCCUGUGCCCUGUUCACUACCUAGUGCACUUAGUCUGGGAGAUUAAGCAUUAAUAGUGCACUUGGGAAUCCCACAAUGCAUUGCAGUUAGAUUCCAGGGUCUGCAUGCAGAUUAGUCUUGUGGUGUGGCAGCUAUAGGGGUAAGGGGGGAGGGGAAAGGGGUAAGGCCUGGGGCAUCUGGUGUGUUGUUUCCGCUCAUCUGUGUUUAUGUGAACAUCAGAUUUGUUUCUAAAUAAAACCUGAAAUGAACGUGA